AUGGAUUUAUGUGGCAGGGCACAGUUUGAGAGCGGAGCGGGGCGAUGUGCGGAUCGCAGACUAGAGCUGUCUCUGGCUGAUGUUUUGCUCAGUACCAGUAUUACUCCAAAUUUCUUGCGGUUAUUACUGAAUGGAGGGGGCACAAUAUCUGCUACUGGUUGUAUCACACAGCUUUAUGUCUAUGGUGUUUCAGGAGCUUCAGAAUUUUAUCUCCUCACAGCCAUGGCCUAUGACCGAUAUCUGGCCAUCUGCUCCCCACUUCAUUAUGCCUCCAUUAUGGGUUUCAGGCUUUGCCUCUAUAUGAGUCUUUGUUCUUGGGGCUUAGCCAUUAUAUUGAGUAUGACUAUAACUCUUCUGAUAUCUAAUUUUCAGUUCUGUGGCCCAUUUGUUAUAGAUCAUUAUUUUUGUGAUUUUUCACCUCUUUUUGAACUUUUAUGUACAGGUAAUGAAGGUAUGAAACUAACACAAAUUAUUUUGCUCAUACCUUUUACAAUUUUCCCAUUUUGCUUCAUCAUUUACACUUACGUUGCCAUUGGCCUUGCCAUUCUCAGGAUCUCCUCUACUGAAGGAAGACACAAAGCCUUCUCCACUUGCAGCUCCCAUUUAAUAGUUGUGUGCAUGUACUAUGGGACU